AUGCCCUCCCUGCCAGCCUCAUGCAUCCUGGCCCAGGCGGCCGUUGCCUGCCGCAACGUCAAGAUGAAGCACGUGCCUGCCCUGACCGACCCGGGCCUGACCACGCUCUACCUGGCAGAGAACGAAAUUGCCAAGAUCCCGGCCCGUGCGUUCCGGGGGCUGCCGAACCUGGAGUGGCUGGACCUGAGCAAGAACAAACUGGAUGGCCACGGCCUGCACCCCCAUGCCUUCAAGAACCUGACACGGCUGAAGCGGUUGAACCUCGACGGGAACUUGCUGUCCACAGUGCCCGCCCUGCCCACCUCCCUGCUGGAGCUCAAGCUCAAUGACAACCUCCUGGAGGGUCUGCAGAAGGGCAGCUUCCAGGGGCUCAACCACCUGCUGACGCUGGAGGUAGAAGGCAAUGAGCUGCAGGAUGGGGACAUCUCCCCUUUGGCCUUCCGGCCUCUCCACAGCCUGCUUUACCUGAGGCUGGACCGGAACCAGCUGCGGACCAUCCCACCGGGCCUGCCGGCUUCCCUGCAGGAGCUGCACCUGGGCACCAACCUCAUCGAGGAGGUGACGGAGGGUGUGCUGAGGCACAGCCACAGCCUCGGCGUGCUGGUGCUUAGCAACAACCGGCUCCGGGAGGACCGGCUGGCGCCCCGGGCUUGGAUCGACCUCCCGAAGCUGGAGACCCUCGACCUCUCCCACAACUGGCUGGUGCACGUGCCCUCCUUCCUGCCUCGGGGCCUGACGCGUCUGCUGCUGCACCACAACCUCAUCGAGCGCGUCCCCGGCUAUGUGUUCGCGCACAUGAAGCCCGGCCUGGAGUUCCUGCACCUGUCCCACAACAGGCUACAUGCCGACGGCGUGCACGCUGUGUCCUUCUGGGGCCUGCGUGCCUCCCUGGCUGAGCUGCUGUUGGAUCAUAACCAGCUGGAGGCCGUCCCCCGAGGCCUCCUGGGUCUCAGGGGGCUGCAGGUGCUGAACCUGAGCCACAACAACAUCAGACACGUGCCCCUGAAUUCCAUCUGUGACACACGCGUGGCCCAAGACUCCAACCUCAUCUCCACGCACCUGGAGAACAACCUCAUUGACACGCGCCGCAUCCCGCCCACUGCCUUCUCUUGCAUCCGGGCCUACCACAGCGUUGUCCUCCAGCCCCAGCGGAGGGAGCCCUCCUAGCCCCGCCCUGCCUGCCGGCCUUGGACACACACAGCGCUCACUGGGGCAGCGGCCCAGACCCGAGCUGGGAGAAAGAUCCAGAAGCCCUGCUGUGUGAGAAGCACCCACUUCCCUGCUGCGCUCAGGAGGCCCCUUGGCUUAGCAAACGGCCCAGCAGGGAGUGAGGGGGCGAUGCUGGCUGGAAC